UUUUUUUUUUGGGUUGGAACCAAUUAAUUAAUUUAAUUUUCAUUUUCCCCCAAAACAAUUAAACCGCCAAAACAAAUAAUUUUGCAGCAGCAGCGGCGCACCAUCGACCUUCGACUUCGAUUCUUCCGGCAUUGUUACCACCUUCGUUUUCCACCUUUUCCAUUUUCAUCUUCCUCCAUUUUCAUUUCCAAACCCAUUAUAUGAAAUUUAUUACAAUCUUUUGAAGUUUAGAACCCAAUUUCAAACCUUUCGUCUAUUGCACAAACCCUUACCGUGACUCUUGCAAUCGCUCCACCACUAGGGUCGCACAAAUAGCCGGAAAACACCGCCUACAGUCGCCUACUACGCUACUAGCACCACAUAGGGUCGCACUGGUAGCAAUUGAUUGGUUGUUUUAGGCAUUGAAUUCGCAAUUUUAGUACUACUGCCCUAGCUAUUCACACAACUUUGCUAGCCUCCACAAGACCACAAUCGACUACUGACGUAUUCUACCUCCGGCCAACCACUGCCAACAGGACCAGAAAGAAAACCCUAACCAGCCUUAUUAGGGUCACCGCAUCUAAGCUAGUAGCAGGAUGGCUCGAAAGAAAUCGCAAGUGCACGCAACGGACAAUUCUGAAUGCGAGGAAGAAAGAGGUCGUACUGUGCUCAGAAUGGUUGGGAGAGCUAUUCAGGUUGGCACAAAAAUCCCUUUACAGUGGAAUACAACUUGGAGAAUCCCUAUCGGUGUUCAUAGAGGUCAUUUCUCCACCUACAUUGGUGUAGUUGUCCGUGAAAAAGUGAGCAUCACCUACAGAAAGUGGUCAGACUUGCCAAAAGCACUUCUUGAUGAUUUCUAUGACAAUAUUUCGAGGGGGUUUCAUAUCCUUGAGGAUCGCAAAGGUUGGAUUAUGAAACAAGCUUGCGUUCGAGGAAGAGCUUUCAAGACUAGAUUAAGGCUCAAGUAUUUGUACCUGAAAGAUGGAACAAUCAAUGAUUCUCCACCAUUGAAAUAUCCUUUCAUAUCUAAAGAUGAUUGGGAAAAAUUCAUUCAGGCUUGUAAUUCUAGGGACUUCAAGAAAUUGAGUGAAAGAAAUCGUGAAAGUUCGAAGAAGAGGACCUCAAAAUAUCGAGGUGGGAGACUUGGCUAUCAAUAUUUUGAAGAAACAAUUGAAAAAGAGCUAGAGAAGCAAGGAGUACAUGUUUCAUACGUGCCUUGGCAUUUGACUUGGAUUAAAGCUCAUUCUCAUGUGAAGAAUGGAGUUUUAACAUUUGAUAAUCUUGAAGAUAAGGAAAUCCAUGAUGCAAUAAUUAAGUUGGAGACGCAAGUUCAAAAAGGGGAAAUACAAGUUACAGGUAGAGAUGACAUCUUAGCAAGAGCAUUGGACAAGCCAGAACGGGUUGGUUCUAUUAGGGGUGUUGGAUCUGGAGUAACUAACACAGAGUACUUUGGGUUCAACAAACCACCUGCACCUAGCGAAUUCAAUGCUAAAAUGAAUGCGAUGAACUCAAAAGAUGGCAUCUAUGAUGAAGCAGCAGAAUUUUAUAGUUUCAUUCAUGAUGUCAUGCUUGAACCAAGAGCAAUUGAGAGCAUUAAUGGUUGUUGGCGCUCAGCAAGGUGUUUUUGGUGGUGACACUGAGGUUAUAGUGUCAUAUGUUUAUGUAAAAUUUUAGCUAUGUAGCUUUAAUGGUAUUAGCAGUAACCUUAUAUCUGCACAUAUUAUGAGGUUAUGUCCUGCCUAAUCAGAAUCUAAAAUCUAGCAUAAUCAUCAGAAAUUGAAGUUCAGAACUGUAGAUAUGAACUGAAUUUUAGAACCGAUAAUUUCAUAACUGACCUGAAGAUCAAAACUUAUACAUGAAUUUUCAUUGAACCACCGAGUCUACACCAUAUACUAUGUUGUGACAACACUUGUGUGCUCAUUUUUAGGGAUGGAGUGACUGUUGCUUGGAAAUUGAGGGAAGCGACAAAUCUCUACAAGUUGUUGCUAACGGUAAAGUCCUCACAGAAAGCAGCACCGAAGUUCUUGGCAAUCAUAACACAUCGUUGCCCCCUGGUCACCGUCGAGUCACCAUUACAGAAGAUAUUGUGCCAACUGCUCCUCUGCCAUGCCCAAACGAUGAAUUGCUUUUUGUAUGUCAUGCGAAGAGAUCUUAUACAGCUUGGCCUAAUCAUUUGAUUUUCCCCAAAAAGGUAGUAUUCUUCCUUGUUUUUAAGCUUCUGUUCGCUACUGUCUUUAAGCUUCUUCAUAUUUUUUUCUUUAAGCUACUGACUGUUGUGGCAGCGGUAGCAGCUUGGUUUUUUAGUUCCUAUGCCCUCUUAGUUUUUGGUGUGUUGUUCCUUGCAUUUUUUAUGAUAGUCUUGUUUUAUUUUUCAUGUGAAAACAUAUUAUAAAGGCAAACAACCAAUCAGAUAAAUAAGUUGAUGUGACCACACCAUCCCCACAAUCUACAUCCUCCCACGCAUCAACAACUCGUAAGUAUGUUAUUACCGACAAGGAUCGUGAGAAGGUGACAUCUACUUUGAUGCGUCUUAUGAGAAAAAAAGCUAUGGGGAUGCAAAAGACUGGCGAUACCAUCUCUAUCACUAUUCUAGAGAGCAUGUUUCUUAAUGAAAAUGGGUUAAAUGAUUCACUUGAUUAUGAAGAUUUGCUUGAUUGGUGUUUCCAAAGGGAGGUUGGAGAAUCGCAAAUGAAUAUAUUCAUGAAAUCUUGAAAGAACAUUGUCACAAAGAAGGUAUCUCGGGAAUGUAUGGGUUUUGUGACUCUAAUGUUCUAUCGCCUUUGACACCAACGACAAACGAGCAAGUUCGAUCUAACUAUCUAGCUCGUGUUUUUGGGUGCAAUGAGGGGAAGAACUAUAAUCAGCUAUUCUUUGCUCCUUUUAAUGACAAUUUAUUAUGCAUUGGAUGUUAGCUGUUAUUAGUCCGUGGAAUGGGUUAGUGUAUUGGCUAGAUCCACUUGGAGCAGAAAAUAUAAUCAACUCAUUCGCUGAAAAGAUCAUCACUGAAGGAAUCAAACAAUUCAGCUCGGUCCAUCGGAAGGACAUCAAGAAAAUAAAAAAGAAUGCAUAUAUUAGGUGGGAGCAACCACAAUGUCCUCGUCAACCAUCAUACACCAAGUAUUGUGGAUACUUUUUUUGUCGAUAUAAGUUAGAUAUUGUGCGGAAAAGAGUGCUAUGGGUUUCCAAGCAGGUCUUUCCCCCAAUUUGUACAUAUUCUUCGGAAGGCAUUGAUGAAAUGCGAGAUUUGUAGAUUAAAUAUGUUCUUGAUCAUGAGCCAGAUGAAGAAGAUUCAUGAUGGAUGAGCUUGAUGAUGAAUCAGCAAAGAUUGAGUAUGAGAUAAGCUUAGUGUUAAUCAUUAUACUUGUGAAUCUAGCUCUACUUUUGACUCUUUUUUUGGAGGAAAAGCUCUACACUUGAGUUUUGUUUUUGAAUAUUAGAAUUAAUGUAAAUUUUGGAUUUUAUUUCUAUUGCAGAGAAUUAGUUUUUGUA